AUGGGUGGGCGGUGGUUUUGGGCAUUUGCGAUGAUGGGGUUUCUUCUUCAGCAGCUCGCCUCCGUGGGAACUAAUGUCUGGAUCAAGAGAUGGGUAAGCGAAUUUGAUAACCUUGCCGAGGAGCCACCGGCCCGCACACAAACUGCUGGGGUGAAUUCUGGUUAUUACCUUGGGGUAUACGGAUUGAUCAUUGGAUCCUUCGCGCUUGCGUCAUUUAUUCGCGAUAUCACCGUCUUCUCUGGGGCUCUCAAGGCUUCCGCACAAAUUUUCGACAACCUCCUCGACUCGAUUCUCUACGCGCGGCUAUUGUUCUUUGAUAAAGUUCCCUUUGGGCAAAUCACCAAUCGAUUCUCGAAAGACGUCGAGGCAAUGGACCAAGAGAUUGCCCCCCAAGCCAUGAGUGCGUUCUAUACAUUCUGCUGCCUGGGUACAGUAGUGCUAGUGAUCUCCGUUCUGCUGCCUGUAUUCCUCCCAGUGGCCGUGAUAAUAUGUCUUGUAUAUUCUGUUAUCACGAGGAUGUUCAUCAACAGUGCCCGGGACCUCAAGCGAAUCGAAGCAAUCCGACAGUCGCCGCUGUAUCAGCAAUUCGGGGAAGCUCUUACUGGGUCGGUCAGCAUACGUGCCUAUGGACACCUGAAACGAUUCACGGACGAAAGUCACCACCUGAUUGACGGGUUCAAUGAGCCAAACGCUAUGAGAUGGGCCGUGAAGGCAUGGCUUACCUUGCGGAUUGCAUCUCUUAGUGCAGUGAUCUCCUGGCUUACGGGGACAUUCUUGCUCCUCGGGCUGGACCGAGGUGCCGUCACUCCUGGACUUGCCGGCCUGGCUCUGACCUACGCGUCAACCUUCACAGAUAAUGUCCUGUGGUUUGUCCAGCUAUACGCCAUCGUUCAGCAAAGCUUGAACUCUGCCGAACGCAUCAUUGAGUAUACUGAAAUUACUCAGGAGCCUACUGAGCCCCUUGAGUCCGGGUUGUCUACUCUGCCACCCCACUGGCCUGAAAACGGAUCUGUACGGUUCCAAGGCUAUACAACUAGCUACUCCUUAGACCUUGAUCCGGUCUUGAUCGAUGUAAAUCUUAGCAUCCUAGCUGGACAGAGGGCGGCCAUUGUUGGGCGCACAGGGGCAGGUAAGAGUAGCUUAGCUCUCGCGCUCAUCCGAGUCCUAGAGGCGGACACUGGGAGCAUCACGAUUGACGGCGUGAAUAUAUCCUCCAUAUCACUCAAAAGGUUACGACAAACAGUCUCCGUUGUCCCGCAAGACCCAACUCUAUUUGACGGGAGCCUGAAAGAAAACCUUGACCCCUUCGAUAAAUAUGCGGACGCUGAGCUGUGCGACAUGCUCCGCGAUCUGCAACUUUUCCGGAGUCUGCAAUCAGAGAGCUUGAAUCAUUCUGCCUCAGUCUUGUCACAAGGCCAGCGACAGUUGGUUUGUAUAGCGCGAGCACUGCUCCGCCGUUCCCGAGUACUCGUGCUUGAUGAGGCGACGGUUUCUAUCGAUCACGACACAGACGCAUUGAUUCAGUCGGCGUUAAAGACGAGCGUUGCUGCAGGCACCACUGUCAUCACCAUCGCACACCGCCUCUCUUCUAUCGCGGAUUAUGAUACAGUCAUUGUCAUGGAAUCUGGUCGUGUCGUAGAGCAAGGAUCAGUGAUGGAAUUGCUAAGUCAUGAAGGAGAAGGCGCUGUAUUCCGCCAAAUGUGUGAGCAAUCUGGUGAAAUUGAAAGCAUCAGGAAAAUCGCUCAAGGUUAG